AUGAGGGGGCUCCGAGUCCGCUACCACCUCCUGCCUGACCAGGAUGAGGAGCUGCCCAUGGGAUGUGAGGAGCCACCUGUGGGACAGGGGCAGCUGGGCUGGCAGGGAGCCCCAGCAGCAGCCCCAGCCCUGGAGGAGCCAUGCAGGCUGGUGCUGAGCACACCAAGCAGCAUCCUGCAGGACAGGAUGAUCCAUGAGCUGGGCUCCCACCUGCCCCCCCGGCUGACACAACAGCCCUGGUACCUGCAGUACUGCACCAGGCGGGAUGGCUUCAGCCUGCGGACGCUGUACCGGAGCGGGGGCCAGCCGGGCUCCCCAGCCCUGCUGCUCAUCAGGGACACGGAGGAGCAGGCCUUUGGUGUCUUCUCCUCCAGUGCCAUUCACUGCAGCAGUGGCUUCUACGGGACAGGGGAGACCUUCCUCUUCUCCUUCUCGCCGGAGCUGAAGGUGUUCAGGUGGACGGGCAGGAACAACUUCUUCAUGAAAGGGGAUGUGAACCUGCUGAUGGUCGGUGGGGGCAGCGGCAGGUUUGGGCUGUGGCUGGACGGGGACCUGCACCGCGGCGGCAGCCACCGCUGCGACACCUUCGACAACGAGAGCCUCUCGGCCCGGGAGGAGUUCUGCGUCCGGGACCUGGAACUGUGGGGUCUGGCCUGA